GGAGCUGGUCAGUCCGCAGAAUCUCACCAGCACCACACGGCUCAACAUCCUCCGGGCCUGACCGAGGUGAUCCUGCUGAGCGGGAAAGAAGGAGUCAAGAGGAUAAGUUUUAUUUAGAAGGGGAGGGGAGUACCGUCGUAUGAUGUCCGUCGUUAGCUUGCAGCCUUUCAUCAAACCAAUGCAGCCAACACCGUCGAUUUCCCCCGGUAUGCAAAGGAGACACACUCUUCCCGCCAGCGAAGUCCGACCGCUCAACACGCAGGAUGCCAUAUGCGUCUUUGAAAUCGAGCGAGAAGCAUUUAUAUCAGUGUCAGGUGAGUGUCCCCUCCACCUGGAUGAGGUGCGUCACUUCCUCACGUUGUGUCCAGAGCUGUCCAUGGGCUGGAUCGAGGAGGGCCGGCUGGUGGCGUUUAUCAUCGGCUCUCUCUGGGACAAGGACAGACUCACUGAAGACGCACUGACUCUCCACAAACCCCGCGGCUCCACCGUCCACAUCCACAUCCUCGCGGUCCACCGCACCUUCAGGCAGCAGGGCAAAGGGCCCAUCCUGAUGUGGCGUUACCUGCAGUAUCUCCGCUGCCUGCCCAACGUGCGCCGGGCAGUGCUCAUGUGCGAAGACUUCCUCAUUCCCUUCUACCUCAAGUCGGGCUUCAAGGUGCUGGGGCGCUGCGCCAUCACCGUGGCCAACCUGACCUUCACGGAGAUGUUGUACCCGAUCAGCGGCCACGCGUACAUGCGGCGCAACAGUGAGGCAAUCCGUUUCCCUCAGCAUCCCUUGACUCUGCCACUGGCGAAGACUGAUGAACACGUUGAUGUAUGAUGUAUUACAUCGAGAUAUAUGAGUUAUCUGCGCAGGCUGUCUUUCAUUGAGAAAUUCUCUUAUUGUGUCCAAUAAAAACAAGAAUGUUUUCCACUUUGUGUUUUUUCCCCUCACCUGUGGGAGGAGUAGAGUUGACUCUGUCACUGGGGUUAAUGCUGUGUUGUGUUUGUGGUAGACAUUUAGACUGUAAGCUCUGCUGCUUAGCACCUUUCUGGGCUCUCGCACACAACUAUGGACUGACGUCAGCCACUAGGCUUUAGCUGCUCAACCACAGCUCCUGUUCUCCAGCUCUAUUAGAGGGCUUUAGCUAUUGUAAACUAGAGGACUGCACUCAUCUGUUAGUCUGCACAUCGAGACUUUGUAU